GAGAGUGAUGGAAUGAUUUAUCGAGUUCACUUUUCAGUUUAAGUCAUUCAUUUCUUUCAUGCAUUCAUUUCUUUCUUUCUUUUUUUUUCUGGAGGCAAUUUUAAAAGAGCAGGGCUCUGCAGACUGACACUUAUAUUCGAGCCCGGAGCGCUGGUUGGGAAUGUCGUGGAUUUGGAGGUGUUUGCCAGGACUGGUUCUCCUGAUGAACUCGCGAGCGGACGAGGACAUCCGAGCCGGCUGCAGCACUGCUGUUAAUGACCUGGUCUACAUCAUGGACGGCUCCUGGAGCGUGGGAGACGAGGACUUCGAGAUAGCCAAGCGUUGGUUGGUCAAUGUCACCAGUGGCUUCGACGUGAGCUCCCACUACUCUCAGGUCGGUGUCGUUCAGUACAGCGACACGCCCCGGCUGGAGAUCCCUCUCGGCCUCCACAAAACCACUCAGGAUCUCGUGAAAGCCAUCGAGGAGAUCAGCUAUCUAGGGGGAAACACGCAGACGGGCCGCGCCAUCAAGUUCUCCGUGGACCACGUCUUUGCGUCUUCGCAGCGGAGUGACGUGAAGAACCGUAUUGCCGUGGUGGUGACUGACGGGAAGUCGCAGGACGACGUUAUGGACGCUAGCGUGGAGGCGCGGGCGCAAGGGGUUACGGUGUUCGCGGUGGGCGUCGGUUCGGAGAUCACCACGUCCGAACUGGUGACCAUCGCUAACGCGCCGGAGGGGGAUUACGUGCUUUACGCCGAGGACUACACCAACAUCGACCGCAUCCGGGACGCCAUGGCACAGAAGCUGUGCGAGGAAUCUGUGUGUCCCACUCGGAUCCCCGUGGCGUCGCGGGACGAGAAGGGCUUCGAGCUGAUGCUGGGCAUGAAGAUCCAGCUGAAGGCCCAGAAGAUCCCGGGCUCGCUGCGGUCGGAGGACGCGUAUCUGCUGGACACCGGCACCGACAUCACGGAGAACACAAGGGAGAUUUUCCCCGAAGGCCUGCCGCCCUCGUAUGUGUUCGUGUCGACGCUGCGGCUGCGAGCGCCUUCGGUCGGGGAGAGGUUCGACCUGUGGAGGGUCCUGUCUAAAGAUGGACAGAUUCAGGCGGCGGUCUCGCUGGACGGCCGGGUCCGGGCCCUCGUCUUCACCACCACCAACACCGUUAAUGAGGAACAGGCCGUCACGUUUGAUGCUCCAGGUAUCGAGGCUCUGUUCGAUGGCCGCUGGCACCAGCUGAAGGUUCUGGUCCGGCCCAGACAUGUGACGUGUUUCCUGGACGACCGGCAGAUCCAGGAGCGAUCUCUGGAGCCGUCGGAGCCGAUCUUCAUCAACGGGGAGACUCAGAUCUCCAAGCGCUCGGGCUCGGACGCCACGCUCCCUACAGAGAUUCAGAAACUGAGGCUUUACUGUGACCCUCAUCAGAGCGAGAGAGAGACGGCGUGUGAAAUCUACUCUGUGGACGAUGAACGGUGUCCCCUGGAUCGAGAGCCCAGCGCGGGGCCCAGGGACGAGUGUGACUGCAGUGACGGGCCGCCGGGACCGAGGGGUGAGCGGGGGGAGACGGGCAGGGACGGUCCUGCGGGCCCCGGCGGGAAACCUGGACCUCAAGGUUCAAAAGGAGAGCCGGGAGAGCCAGGUGUGCCUGGAGAAAAGGGCGACGCCGGUGUAUCGGGACCGAGAGGCGAUCCGGGGCAGCAGGGAGUGAAAGGUGAGCGAGGGGAACGAGGGUUGCCAGGGGAACCGGGCCCGCCUGGACCAAUGGGAGCAACGAGACCAGUCAUUGGUAAGCCAGGAGAAAAGGGCGUGCAGGGGCAGAAAGGAGAACGAGGACCUCAUGGAGAGCCCGGGCCAAUGGGUGAACCAGGACUCCCUGGGAGCCACGGACCUGCCGGCUCUGCUGGGUCAAAGGGGGAGAGAGGAGACGUCGGGCCGUCGGGCGCAGAUGGACCGCAAGGCCUUCCAGGAAUCCGUGGGUUACCCGGUGAAGCAGGAGCGAUCGGACCGCAGGGCGCAGGAGGAGCCGUUGGCCAGAAAGGCUCGCCCGGACCGAGAGGACCUCCGGGCGCGCCGGGGCCGUCAGGGCCUCCUGGAGCACUCGGACCCCACGGACACAAGGGUGGAGUGGGAGAAAAAGGCAUUGCUGGUGAUCCUGGUACAGACGGUCAAAAGGGUGAGCGGGGCGAGGCGGGGCCUCCAGGAGUUCCCGGAGCCAUGGGCCUUCAUGGAUAUAAAGGACUCGAGGGAGAGAGAGGACAAGCGGGACCCAAAGGCCUUCAGGGGGAAAAGGGCAGCAGAGGUUCUCCUGGCUCUCCUGGCUCUCCAGGUGACGUCGGGCCGCGGGGAAGCAAAGGAGAGAAAGGUUCAUUGGGCGAGCCCGGGGUCAGAGGUCACGACGGGCCGAAGGGAGACGCGGGUCACACCGGUGUGAUCGGAGCGAGAGGAUUCCCGGGACAGGACGGUUUUCCGGGACAACCCGGCGCUCCGGGAUCUCCAGGGAAGCCUGGCAAGCCUCCGUCAGAGGAGCGUUUAAUGAGACUGUGUGGAGCCGUCCUGAGGAGCGAGCUGGCCCGGCUCCUGCAGUCGAUGGGUCCUCAGCGCUGUGAGUCCUGCGAGAGCAUUAAAGGGCCCCCAGGACACCCCGGGGCUCCAGGACCGAAGGGCUCCAGCGGGGCUCCAGGUUAUCCCGGCACACACGGGGCUCAAGGAUACCCAGGGCCCCCGGGGGUACAGGGGCCGCCAGGGGUCAAAGGAGACACGGGCCCUCGGGGGUUUAAGGGCACUAAAGGAGAGAGCAGACCGGGAUACCCAGGGCCCCCCGGAGACACCGGGAUCCAGGGUCCUCGCGGCACUGACGGCAUCGGCGCUCCGGGUCCGCCGGGAAUAACGGGGAAAUCCGGGACUCCGGGCGCUCCAGGGAAAGCGGGCCCUCAGGGGCCGAGCGGAGUGUGUGACAUGUCCAUCUGCUACCAAUCCUAUAACCUCAGGGACGAGCACUACAGGAAAGGGCCUGAGUACUGACACACACACACACACAGAGACGUGGCGCUGCGAUGGUGCGGUGAAACAUAAGUGGCCUUUAGAUGAAUAAUUCUGACAUUUAUAGAUUCAUAAACCUGCCGUUCAGUGCACAGCGGGCUUCGUGAACACCAUUAACACACGGCCAUAAGGUCAUUUGUGAAAUAAUACUGCAAGUGGAUGAGUGUUAAAAUGUCAUAAACAUAGCAAUUAACAGUAAUAUGUAUCGCCAUUACUUAUGAAUAUUUAGUAUUAAUAAAGCAAAUGGCUAUUGUUGCCAAACAAGGGAUCUGAGAUGCAAACAUUAAAAACAUUCAUUUGGUGCUCAGGAAGAUUAGGAAUAAAGAUGACAUGCAUUAAUACUGGGGAAACUGUUUGGACAAAAGUAUGUCUUGAUUUUCCUGAAACAGGGUUUUUUUUUUUCUAUUUUAAAGUAUUUAUUCCAUUUUGUGUGUGUUGAAGAAUCUCUUUUGGCUGUAACAUAUUUAAGAUAAGGUGUGAGAUACAAAUUUGACAUGUAAUUAUUUUAAAUAUUUUACAUUUAUUUGUGAAUCCAUGCAAACUGCUUGUUAUAAGUACGUUCCAGUGAAAUAUUUCAUUGUUGGAAAUUAUUGCUCUUUCUAAAUUUAUAUAUGACCAUUUGUUGUUACUUUAACAUUCAAUUGUAAUCUGUUGUUUGAUUCACUUGUUGAGGGUAAAUGGACUGCAUUUAUAUAACGCUUUGAUAGACCUAAUGGCCACCAAAGCGCUUUACAUUGCAGCUGGGGUCAGGUGGUCAGGUCAGGUGGAACCGGGGAUUGAACCACCAACCUUUCGGUUUGUAGACAACCCACAUGAACCACUGAGCCACUGCCGCCCCAUUUACUUGCUGAAACUAGUUUGAAAUGUCAGAGUGAGUCAGAAAUGAGUGGUGAAAGUCCAGAGAAGUGUAAAAGCGUGUGUAUCCCGAAGGGUUUGGUUGUUUUAUUGAAAAGCUUCAGGGAUUCUGGGAAAUUCCCAAAUGAUGCAGGUCUAAUUUGUCUUUGUAAAAUCUCUGAUUUGCUUUGUUCAAAUAAAGGGGAGUGGCUGAUCUGCGGUGUCAUGGCAACGCGUGAGUAAUUCUGGUGUCAUCAUAAACAGGAAGGGAGGAUUGUUACUAGAAAUGAUUCAGAUUUUUGACAAUCACACAUCCCCUGCUUUUGAUGAACUGGGCAGACAAACAGUGAAGGGUGUAUUAUAUGGUAAGUGUAAAUUCAUAAUUUGAAUGAUUUUUUUUUAGAUAACUCUUUAUAGUGAUACUCCAUCAUUAAUAACUAAUGCAGGAUGAAAGAGUAGUUACUACAUUAACAAUUCAGCUACUAUUAACUAAUAUAGAAACAAGCUUAACUAACCAGUAAGUAGUAUCAAAAUUAGGAGAUACUUCUAAAUAUCUACAAUAAUGAGAUUAGUUAACUUUCUCAGCCGUAAUCAGUCAUCGUUUUUACUCAAGUGUUGCCUAUAUUAUGCAGGAGCUACUGGAGAUCAUAA